AUGGAAGUAUUGAUGCACGAGGCGAGCAACCGGCGAGAAAACGGCGCGGAUGCGUCGGUCUGUACAGUCGACUCCAAAUCCACGUUCAACGAGAGGCGAGAAAACGACGGCAUGUCGCCCGACGAUUCCGCGAUUAAUCGCCAGGAUUCGAUCGAUAUCAUCUUCGAGGACAUCACCUACACCGUCAGCCUUGGCUUCAGAAAGGGGAUGAAGGAGAUCUUGCAUGGUAUUGCCGGAAGGCUCCCUAGUGCUCAAUUGAUCGCUCUGAUGGGGCCAUCCGGCGCGGGAAAGUCCACAUUGCUCGAUAUCCUGUCUGGUUUUCGUACAACCGGAGUGGAUGGUGUUAUAUAUAUCAACGGUCGCGUCCGGCAUCUCAAUACCUUUCGGAAAUGCAGCGCGUACAUCACGCAGGACGAUCGAUUGGAACCCCUGCUCACCGUGGUCGAGAACAUGAGGGUCGCCGCGGAUUUAAAGCUGCCGUCGAACACGCCGCAACACAAGAAGGAGAUGAUUAUUGAAGACAUUCUCACGACACUUGGCUUGUAUGAACACAUGAACACGAGAUCCGGCCGAUUAAGCGGCGGCCAAAAGAAGCGGCUCUCCAUCGCACUAGAAUUGGUUAAUAAUCCCAUGGUGAUGUUCCUCGACGAGCCCACCACAGGUCUGGAUAGUUCGUCUUGCACGCAGGUCGUAAAUUUGUUAAAACUAUUAGCACGACAGGGGAGAACAAUAGUUUGCACUAUUCAUCAACCCAGUGCAUCCUUAUUUCAGUUGUUCGAUCAAGUAUAUGUAUUGACGAAAGGUGAUUGUAUAUACCAAGGUGCAACGGACAAGCUCGUACCAUAUCUGGAAAGUAUGAAACUGCCGUGUCCUAUGUAUCAUAAUCCAGCAGAUUACAUAAUCGAGCUUGCUUGUGGCGAGUAUGGUGAUGAUAAAAUCGACACAUUGAUAAUGGGAUCGCAAAAUGGACGAAAUUUACAGUGGUUUGGUAACUCAGAAAUCCUGAAGGAUGCAAAAACCUUAAGAGCGGCACAUCCUCUGAAAGACGUAACGCGCAAUAACAGCUUACACGCGACAAAUCUCAUUCAUCAAAUCAGGAUCUUACUAAGGAGAGGCUAUAUCAUGGCUAAAAGAGAUACGACUCUGACGCAUUUGCGCAUCGCUGUUAACAUCCUCGUGGGAAUAAUGUUGGGCUGCGUUUUCAUGCAAUCCGGUGCCGAUGGCUCUCGCGUACUGGACAACUACAAUUUGCUCUUUUCCAUUUUAAUACAUCACAUGAUGACGACGAUGAUGCUCACGAUAGUGACCUUUCCCCUGCAGAUGUCCAUUCUUCUGAAGGAGCACUUCAAUAGAUGGUACAGCCUAAAGGCGUUCUACACAACGAUAACGAUAAUCGAUAUGCCAAUUUCCAUAGUUUGCUGCUUCGGGUUUUCACUUAUUAUCUAUUUCAUGUCAGCGCAACCGCUGGAGAUUAUUCGAUUUUUGAUGUUCACGGCUAUUAGCCUGUUGAUUAUGUUAAUAGGGCAAGGUACCGGUCUCAUGAUAGGCGCUGUGUUUAAUGUCGUGAAUGGUACGUUUAUGGGACCAACAUUAGCAGUUCCACUAAUGAUGUUUGCUGGAUUCGGAGUAUCGUUGCGUGAUCUACCGAGUUAUCUAAAAUGGGGCAGCUAUCUCAGUUAUUUACGAUAUGGUCUAGAAGGACUGGUUGCAGCCAUCUACGGGCUGGACAGACCCAUUCUAGACUGCAAAGAGAAGGGCGAGCUGUACUGUCACUAUAGAUAUCCUUCGAAAUUUCUUUCGGAUAUCGCUAUGGGCGGAGAUCAAUUCUGGAACGACGUUAUCGCGCUCAUUACAAUACUACUCAUUACACGUUGCGGCGCAUAUUUACUUUUACGAUGGAAACUCAUGUCAUACCGAUAAUACCAAUGUGGUAAUGGACCUAUAAAAUGCGAUUUAUAGUCUAACUACGUAGCAACGUACAAUUUAAGUGGCUAGAAGACUUACGUACUCUUGAUCUUCCAAUUUGUAACAUUAAAGUUUUGCCCGAAGCCGCAUUUGCCGAGCGUGUAGCUUUCGAAAUAUUUUAAUAUUAAAAAAAAAAAAAAAAAAAAAGAAGUCAUAUCGAGAAAUGGUAAAAACGAUGGGAUAAACACUUAUUUCUAUUAGUCGUUAAUUUAUGUCUCUUAUGAUUUGUGUACUUUUAUUGCUAUCAGAAACUUAUGCAAACCGAUAUUAAUAUAGCGAAAAAAAGAGUGCCAUGAACGUUAAACGUUCGGUAUAUACUCUUCCUGUAUAUAAUCUUGAUAAAUUGUCUGAUUGUAAUUUCGUAAUAGUCGUAUGAAUGAAUAAGACUGUGCAUGUGUCUAUAUGAUGAAUGUAUGUAUCUCCGAGUUUCAAUCGAUAGACGUCGAGAAUGUACGACAAUAAGUAUACGUAACAGUAACAAUACUGUUAGUAAAUAAUGCAGUUAAUUGUAUUUAAUGUUUAUAUUUAAAUGUGAUAUAUGCGAGAUGCUGUGUAUAAACCUACGUGUUGCUGCGUGAUAAUGUAUGUAUUGUGCGUCAACGCUAAAAGUAAGACACUUCCAUAGAAAGAUACACUACUUGAACUUAUAUAUCGGAUUGUGUGUCAACAUAAUUACUUCUGUCACAGCCUUGACAGCUGACGAUUUUAAUUUAUCCGAUUUCGAUAAGCAAAUACGUCGAGUUAAAAAGCGUGGAUUACGUCAGUCCUCCGAAUAAAAUGCAAACUGCAAGCAUUGCACGAAAACACUGAUUUAGGAAAAACAUUGUUUUCUAAGAGGUAAUUAUUUUAAUGUGAUAUUCUUUAAAAAUUCUCAAGAAACUAUCAAACUGUUAAUUGUUGAAAUAGUAGACGUACUAUAAAACAAUUACUUCAAUCUUGUAAAAAUUGACGAAUUAGCAGGUAAAUUCUUUCAAAUUUAUUGAGUGUUGUUCCAUUUAUAUUAUCAUUAUUAUUAGCAUUAUUUUAAUACGUUAUGAUUUUUAUUACAAUGUUAUUAUAUAGUUUUACAUUUAUACGGACAUUUAGUAUGUCUUCUGUCAUUUAUGUAAGAAGAUUAGUUAUAUGGAAAUUUUGACUUCUAUUAAGCUAGCUUUCCCUUCCCUCCAUCAACGCAAAAUUAAUUUUAAAAUAUUUUAAAGAUAAAUCCUAAUUAAUGUUAAUUUAAAGUUUAAAACCAGGCGUUCAAACAGAAAAUUUUGACAGAAAAUUUAAAAAAAUGGGUACGGCUAUCUUAACAUUAAGCUAGUCUCUUCCCAACAAAAAAAUAUUUAUUAUGUAAACGAAUAAACAAAUACUC